GCGCUCGUUGUUGGCAGGUCUUAGAAACAGGCGAUGUAAAGGUGACAUUUGGCUUUCUGGUCACCACGAUCCUUACAAAGUUAUUAAAACCCAGAGAGUUUUGUCACACAUACAAGCAUGUCUUCUAUUAGGAGGACGGCGGGUGUCCUCCGAGCCGGCCUGCAGCUUUUCAGACGUGGACCUCAGCAGAUGACCGUCAGAAAGGCAGGAGGAGGUCCUCAUAUUGAAGCUCAAUACAGACAACCUCCUCAGAUCACCAAGAACCAGAAGUUUCAGGCAGAGCUGCUCAGUGGUGCCAUGUGGUUCUGGAUCCUGUGGCACAGCUGGCAUGACCCAGAUGCCGUCCUGGGUCAUUUCCCCUGGCCAGACACAUCUGCAUGGACAGAUGAGGAGCUGGGAAUCCCUCCUGAUGACGAAUAAUAGACUUACUGCAGACCAAUAUGUGCACCAGAUAUGCGCUCGCGAACCUGCACACUUUCUGUAAAGGAAACUGAUUGUUCCUGUUAUGUGUACGGACUUAUUGUCAAGUCUAAUUGUAACAGUUGCAUAUAAAAUAAAAUUAUUGAACUCA